CUGUACGCCUGCUGUCUGCGUAUACUUCGGAAUCAGCAUGCAGAGCGCAGGAAAGACUUUGAGACAAGCUCUCAUCUCAGCUCAGUCCGAGAGCCGUCUGACUGUUGGCGUCUACGAAUCUGCGAAAAUCAUGAACGAUGACCCGGACGGCGUGUCGUUUUGCAUACUGGCAACCGACGAGGAAUACGAGUGCGAUAUCGCCCUGCAGAUCCACUUCACCCUGAUCCAAGCUUUCUGUUUCGACAACGACAUCAACAUUGUCCGAGUGAAUGACAUGCAGCGACUUGCUGAUAUUAUCGGCGACAAAUCCGGAGAUGUGGAAGAUGCACACUGCGUUCUCAUCACGAACCCAGCUGAAGGUUCGUGGGAGGAUCCAGCCCUGGAGAAGCUGCACCUGUUUUGCGAGGAGAGUCGCAGAAUGAAUGAAUGGGUGCCCGAAGUAACUUUCCCGGAGCGCUGAAAUGGGACUAAAUAUGGAUUCUGGAAACCUGAAGAAAUGAAGCUGUCAUCCGAAAACAGGAGGGUGAGCUCAAUCCUGAGCAUCCCUGGAUGUUUCCGAAGAGUACAGUUCCAGGAAGGGCGAGAUCAUGCCGUAGAACUCCUAGCGGUGGUCGGUUCGUGCGAGGACGAGCCAUUCGGAUUUCGACUUCCCCAAGGACUCUGCAUUCGAGUUCUGUAGUGUACAUGGGAUGACUGGACAUUGUGUAAGCUACCGAAAGGCUACGUGGAAAUGUUUACUACACAAUGUUGGACUGGCAUCGAGAACGUGAGACCAACAACAUGGAAUUCGUGGGUGGACAUGAGAGUUACCGAUGAAGGAACCUGUACAAACAGAAGACGUGUUUGCUGUUUUGGUUGGCAUAACUGAUAUCGUUAUGUAUUUUAAUUGAAAUGACAUCCAUGUUUAACUUUAAUGAAUAAUAAACAUUAAAAAACA